CCGUGCCCGCCGCCCGGGCUCGCCAUUCGCCGCCGCGCCGCUCCGCCGGCGGGGCUGGAGGAGGCGCUUUGUUCCUCCCCGGGCUCCCGCUGCCGCCGCCGCCACCGCCGCGCUCCGGGCUCGAGCCGUGCGGGAGUGAUUUCGGGAGGAGGGUGAGGAGGGAGCCGGCGGGAUCGUGCUGGGCACAGGCAGGUGGAGGAUGAACGGCGAAGCUGAGUGCCCUGCAGACCUGGAAAUGACAGCUCCCAAAAACCAAGACCGCUGGUCGCAGGAGGACAUGCUAACCCUCCUGGAGUGCAUGAAGAAUAACCUGCCCUCCAACGACGGGAGCAAGUUCAAAACCACCGAGUCCCACCUGGACUGGGAAAAAGUGGCUUUCAAGGACUUCUCAGGGGAGAUGUGCAAGAUGAAGUGGAUGGAGAUCUCUAAUGAGGUGAGGAAAUUCCGGACCCUCACAGAGCUCAUUAUGGAUGCUGAAGAGCACGUGAAGAAUCCUUACAAAGGCAAAAAGCUCAAGAAACACCCCGACUUCCCCAAGAAGCCCCUGACUCCCUAUUUCCGCUUCUUCAUGGAGAAGCGAGCCAAAUACGCCAAGCUUCACCCCGAAAUGAGCAACCUGGAUCUCACCAAGAUCCUGUCCAAAAAAUACAAGGAGCUUCCCGAGAAGAAAAAGAUGAAAUACAUCCAGGACUUCCAGCGAGAGAAGCAGGAGUUUGAGAGGAACUUGGCGAGGUUCAGGGAAGACCACCCGGAUCUCAUCCAGAACGCCAAGAAAUCUGACGUCCCCGAGAAGCCCAAGACCCCCCAGCAGCUGUGGUACAACCACGAGAAGAAGAUCUACUUGAAAGUGCGUCCAGAUGUGAGUACGGAGAUCAUGCGGGAUUACAUCCAGAAGCACCCGGAGCUGAACAUCAGCGAGGAGGGAAUCACCCGCUCCACCCUCACCAAGGCCGAGAGGCAGCUCAAGGACAAGUUCGACGGACGACCCACGAAGCCUCCCCCGAAUAGCUACUCCCUGUACUGUGCAGAGCUGAUGGCCAACAUGAAAGACGUGCCCAGCACGGAGCGGAUGGUGCUGUGCAGCCAGCAGUGGAAGCUGCUCUCCCAGAAGGAAAAGGACGCCUACCACAAAAAGUGUGACCAGAAAAAGAAAGAUUACGAGAUCGAGCUGCUCCGCUUCCUGGAGAGCCUGCCCGAGGAGGAGCAGCAGCGGGUGCUGGGUGAGGAGAAGAUGCUGGGCAGCAACCGGAAAGGGGCGACGAGUCCUGCAUCCAAAAAAUCCUCACCAGAGACCGGCAAGGCCAGCUCAGAGAAGCCCAAGAGGCCCAUCUCAGCCAUGUUCAUCUUCUCGGAGGAGAAGCGGAAGCAGCUGCAGGAGGAGCGGCCGGAGCUGUCAGAGAGUGAGCUGACCCGGCUCCUGGCCCGCAUGUGGAACGACCUCUCCGAGAAGAAGAAGGCCAAGUACAAGGCGCGGGAAGCAGCGAUGAAGGCGCAGUCAGAGAAGAAGCACGGCUCAGAUAAGGAGGAGCGUGGGAAGCUGCCCGAGUCUCCCAAAACUGCUGAGGAGAUCUGGCAACAGAGCGUCAUCGGGGACUACCUGGCUCGUUUCAAGAACGACCGGGGCAAAGCGCUGAAGGCCAUGGAGGCCACUUGGAACAACAUGGAGAAGAAGGAGAAGCUGAUGUGGAUCAAGAAGGCAGCAGAGGAUCAGAAACGAUAUGAGAGGGAGCUGAGUGAGAUGCGGGCCCCUCCGUGCUCCACCAACUCCACCAAGAAAAUGAAAUUCCAGGGAGAGCCGAAGAAACCCCCAAUGAACGGUUACCAGAAGUUCUCCCAGGAGCUCCUGUCCAACGGGGAGCUGAACCACCUCCCGCUGAAGGAGCGCAUGGUGGAGAUCGGCAGCCGCUGGCAGCGCAUCUCCCAGGGCCAGAAGGACCACUACAAAAAACUGGCAGAGGAGCAGCAGAAACAGUACAAGGUGCACCUCGACAUCUGGCUCAAGAGCCUCUCGCCCCAGGAGCGGGCUGCGUACAAGGAACACAUUUCCAACAAACGCAAGAGCAUAGGGAAGAUCCGGGGUCCCAACCCCAAGAUGAAGCCAACAAUGCAGUCCAAGUCGGAGUCCGAGGACGAUGACGAGGAGGAAGAGGAGGAGGAGGAUGACGAUGAAGAUGAGGAUGACGAUGAUGACAACGGUGACUCGUCAGAGGAAGCCGGCGACUCCUCGGAGUCCAGCAGCGAGGAGGAGAGCGAGGACGGGGACGAGUGUGAAUGCCGAGUAAGUCACCAGAGUGAAAGCUUUACACCGGUGCAACUGAAAUCAGACUAUGCUGGAUGGCGCUGGGGGCAGAAACCGUGUCCGUGCCUUGUGCUCGCCACCGGACAGAACGACGACGAUGAUGAGGAUGAGGAUGAUGAGGAUGAGGAUGACAACGACUCAGAGGGCAGCAGCAGUUCCUCCUCCUCCUCGGGGGACUCCUCCGACUCCGACUCCAACUGAUCGGCCAAGCUCUUUGUAACGUCGUUUGGUUUCUCGGUUUUGGUCCCAAAUCCCCCCUGCAGCCCCUCAAAAUCCUUCCUCCUCUUCCUCCUGCCCCCCCGUGGGACCCCCAGCGCGGGGAGCGGGGGCCGGGGGGACCCCUCCGCCGAGCUCACACUAAGGAGGGGGAUCAGGGGCUGCUUCCCCCAGGCUGGGGGGCGAGGAGAGAGCCCCCCACCCCUGCCCCCCGCUUUACUCCCGAGGGGGAAGCGAUUUUUUUUUUGGAAUUUCAUUCUUUCCAGGGGGGUGUCUCUCCAUCCCUACCCCCAUAACCCCCUCGCUACCAGCUCUGGACUUUCUACAAAGAGAAGAAAAACACACAGGAAAAAAAAAAACAAAAAAACAAACAAAAAAACAAAACAAACCAACAACACCCCCCACACCUUUUUUUUUUUAAUUAAAAAAACCCAGAAAUGGGAAGAAAAUGCCCUGGCCGCGCAGCCCCUCCGGCAGCGGGCACGGAGCACGAGCCGAGGGGCUCAGGACUCAGCCGAUGGGACAAUGCCUCCUCGCAGCCCCCCCCCCGCCCUCUGCGCACCCCCAGCAUCUUGGGGGGUCCUCCCCACCCCCCCAAAAAAAAACAAACCUUGUACAGUCUGGAAGCUGCCCCGGGAGCUGCCCGGGAACUCCACAUCCACGGCACUUGGGCCGGGGACAGGGAGCCAGGGCCGGUGACCCGCGUGUCCCCGGGGGGGUGGGGGGUGUGGGUGUGUGUGCGAGCGUGUGAGUGUGUGGGGGGGGCACCGGG